GAUGCCGCAACGGUUCAAUUUCAUCGCAGAGUUCAAAGUCCGUCAACAAGCCAGCUCUUUGUUCAAAAUGUGCUGGAUUCUCUCCGUCAGGCAGAACCCGUGAUCUGCAGAUCCACGUGACAAGUAAUGCAGUCUGUGCCCUUUUCGACGCGUCUGCCUUAUUUACCUUUUUCCCCCCUCGCCAUCACAUCUUUCUUGCCCGCGCGCCCUCCCAUCAAACGUCGAUUGAACCCAGUCCCCCACAUCAGACUUCCAACCUAAUUCUGCCCGCGCGGCCAUUUCCCAUCAAUUGAUGAAAAGAAAUUGAACAAACAGCGCGAUGCGUUCUCGCGCGCGCUUGUCCAGUCGCGGGCGAGGAGGCCGCCCAGUCGCCGGAGAACGCAGCGCCAGUGUUCCGGAGAGUGUCAACAUUGCAGGUACGGGUACGCCACAGAUUCCAGACCUGCCCGGCCUCGCCAACCGAGGCCAGAAGGAGCGGAAAUUGGCUCUCGCUUUGUGGAAGAUCACCGAGCCGGCCGGCGUCGCCGCUUUCGACGCCUUCUUGGGCCCUUGCAGCAACCACGUCUACACCGACCUGCACGCCAUGGCCAAACAUCUGCCCUUCGACCGCGUCAAGUCGCUGCUCACCCAGGCACGCGACGAGCGCUUGCAGACGUCAGCCUCCUCGAGCACUCCUAAGAAACCUGCCGGCGCAGGCACACCAAAGUUCACCAUGCCGGAUGCGAAGAAGGCCAAGGAGCUCAGCAGGCUGUUUGGCAGCAGAGGUGAUGCCGAUGAGGGCUCUGAAACCCUGCGCUCUCCCUCAGAAGAGCACCAGCAACAGGAAGCAGGAGCGGAAACCUCGACAAGCCCUCCCAAGACCCCGACAGUCCCCCUCAACCCCGCUCAAGCCGAUGAUGCCCCAAUGCCCGCCGUCGCCGCGACGAAGAAGACUCCCGCCCCGGUUGAGAAGAACAAUACUGGAGACAAGAAUACACAACGGGAGGAGAACAAGGAUGAUGAGGACGAGGAGAUCGAGGAGGAGAUCAGGGUCAUGGGCGAGAACGAGAGCCCCAGGCGCAAUCGACCGGCCGGGGUUUUUGACAGGAGGCACUUAACGCCGCUUCAAUUGGCACACGGCACAUUGAACUCGGUUCUAUCUCUGCGUCCCCCUCGGAGCAUCGGCCGGAGGGCCUCAUUCCAUGUCCCAGAUUGUCCCAGGACGCCGUUUGAGGUUGGGCUUGACGAUUGGCCGGACUCAAUUCCUAGGGCCAAUACUGAAGCUCAUGACGUCGCAAAGGAUGUCAACACCGCCAGCCCGGCCGCUCCCACGCUCCUAGUCUCUAGCACCAAUACCGUUGCGGGACCAGGCAAGCCUCCUUGCGAUGGCGACGGAGAUGGGGCUGAGAACAAGAACAACACCCCCAACGACGAUGUGGACCUGCUAGUCCCUGUUUAUGACAAGCCUCCGAUCCCCGACAAACCCCAAGACGACAUCGGAGGUGACGCUGCGCCAGCGAACCCAGCCAAGCGUCGCGAUCACCACUCUGAGGGUGGAGAGGUUGAGGGAGUCGACAGGCCCAACAAGAAGGCCCGGGUGGAGCCCCACACGACAGAAGAAGUCGAGUCUGCUCAUUCUAGGUCCACCGUCAUCGACGUUGAAGCCACCACCACCGCCAAAGUCGCCGGCAACGAGGGUUCGCCGGCUCCCUCUCCCUCUCCUUCCGCUGGUCAUGAACAUGGCCGACUGUCUUGCUCCGGUGGCGUCCUGCCCAGAAGCCGUCUGACCGACGCGCCGAUCAAUGCCGUGCUACAUCUCCUCGCAGCGGCUCGCCCUCUCUCGCUAGCCACUAUCGAUUCCGUUCUCACCGACGACGAGACCAAGAUUCCUAACGGGCUGAAUCCCAGCAGCCGCCCAACGCGGAAAAUGCUCGUCAUGGGCAAGAAUGAACAGGGCAAGCUGUUGAUACCGCUCCACAUUGCCAAGUUGGAGCACUGGGUUCUCAUGGUGAUCACGGCUGGUCCAGGCUUGUCGUCUUCCUCGCCUCCGCUGGCCAUUCCAACCGUUCAGCUGUUCGACUCGUACCCUUCGCCAGGAACCGACCCUGUCGCGGUGCGCCUCACCCGCAGCAUCGUCGAGGCUCUCUGUGCCGGCGGCAUCGGUGUCGGCAACACCCGCGGCUGGACCAAGCCCCUUGGCCGCCUCCUGCCGUGGAACGACUCGUGCGUUACCUCUGCCCCCUCCUGUCUGCGUCAGUCUAACGAUGCCGACUGCGGCGUUGCUGUGCUGGUUAACGCCAUGUACAACGUCGCCGGGCUGAACCCCCCCGAAAGCCUCACGAAGCUGUCCUGGGACCUGUGGCGCUGGGUUAUCGCCAUGAUGGCCACCGACUUCCGCCGCAAGCAGUACCCGGAUGCCGGCAGCAAUGAGGACAAGGACGAGGAGUUCAAGGCAGACUGCAUCCGCUGCCUGUCCGGCUUCAACCCCGAAGCCUCUGCCCUCCUUGAUCAGGCCCCACGCAGCCAGGGCAACAGUGGUGAUCUCGGAGCUGACGAGGCUAACGACCUGCUCUCCCGCCUGACGAUUAUGAACACCGUGGCCGGCGCCUUCGACCUCAGCGCGCCUCCCCCUGCGCCUCCGUCCGGGAAAUGGACCUUCGCGGUCAACCGGGAGUACAACAAAAUGCUCGAGGAGUACAUCGCGCAUCGCCGAGACGCUGAGGCCUCGGCUCGAGCCCAGGCCAAGAUCAAGCUUCGCGAGCUCGGCGACUCCUUGGCAGCCAUCUCGUCUGUACUUGAGCUCCUUUGCCGCCCUCGCAUCGCCGCCAGCGCCAUCAGUCAGAUCAAGGGCGACGACGACGUCGUCAUGGAUGAACAGAACCCCACCCAGCCCAUGGAUGACCUUGAAGCGGAGACUUCCACCUUGGACCUGCUUCGCGACUUUCACGGGCAGCUGUCCACCAGCCCUGUGCCCCUGACCGACUUGUUGGCCAAGACUGAGUCGGAGAUGCAGAUGUUGGAGUCCAUCGUCUGCGCCGGGGCUAGGGCCAAGGGGUUGAUGAGCCUUGUGGUUUCCAUCGUGGCCCGCGCCGUCGAGGACGUGGGCGAGAUGCACAAGAUUGUUGUGCCGGAUGAAGAGGACUCCUAGGGAGAUGAGCAUCGUCAUGUCUUUUUCUUUUCUUUUUUCCUUCGCCAUUGUCUCCCCUGUGGAGUUCUGUGCUUUGGCCUGUACACUACGACUCAAUAUCUGGCUAGACAAGGAGACACUCGGAAAGAGUUUCGGGAAGGAGUUCGAGGAACAUAGGACAGAGUUUGACUUUGGGACCAGGGCGCUUUUCGGAACGCAGGAGAACCGGCAUGGGCUAUUCACAUAGCUCCUAUACCCUUGGCGUUUAAUUGAACUGCUAGACUUGUAUUAUGAAGUAGUUGUUCCUCCUCACACCAUCCUGGGACUCCGAAACUGUGGCCGAUGUUCCAUGAACAAAUAUCCG